ACUAUCUGCAGUGGGUCGCCCUCGAGUGAUAAAAUGUAAAUGCUCGAAGCGGUGGCAGAGCCAACCCGAAUCGGGGCGCAUUGAUUGGAACACGGCUGCUGAUGCGACAUGCAUAUCAAUUAAUUACCCCGCCAUGGCUGUGGCGGUUGUUACAUUUGGCUGGGCAGCGGCGGACACUGUGUCAUGUGGGAUUGGGUAAUGGAUUACAACAAAAUACAAGAGCUGGCGACUGAUUGCAAAUCACACACUGGACACCACACUCUCUGUGGCUUGGCCUGGGCGCAUGCAGUUGGCCGAAUUUAUUCAAAUCAGUUUAGUUCCGUUUGAGGAAGAGUCGAGGUGUCGUCGCUGGGAGUGGAUCAAUCGUAUCAAUUGCAAUGUGCAAAUACGUCUUAAUUGCUGCACUGGCCGUGGUAAUGUGCCUGCAGGUGCCCGCCGUCCAAGCCACGCUGCAUGACUUUCACGAGGUAUUUGACUUCUCGAACGUGGAUCUGGCAAAUUUUCAGUACUUCAAGAACCUGGCCUCACAGGAUCCGCGCACCGCUGCCACCGCCAGUCCCCUGCUCGUGCACUUUCAGAAGAAGAAGGCCGUACUGGACUACGUAGACCGCCUAUUCUUCGGCAACUCACCCUUCCAGCAGGCCAGCGAGAUCCCCUUCGACCCACAUUUUGGUCGAUCCUGGCGGCCAAACUACGAGCGCAAGUUCGGCUUCCGCGGCGAACGUUUGAUAGCCGCCCUAGGCUCUGGCUAUUCUGUCCGGCAGCUGCGCCACUUCGGAGCCAUCCCCCAGGAGUUUGGCACGCCACACUAUCCCAGUUGAGCGAACUACAUACAUACAGAUUGUACGGUGUACAGAACGGAGUUUCGGUUGUAUUUAUGAAAUAAACUUAAGUUCUAUGGCUACACUCUCCGUUUCUGCGUGGAUAUGUAGAGGACGUUGUUGCCGCGGAUGAAUGCGUCGCCGUAUUUGUUCUUCAGCUGACCGUUUACGUAUUCCUCCGUCUGCUCCAGGCAAAUGUUCAUAUAGCCAUCCAAGCAGGCCAGCACACCUGCGGGGAUAGGCGAAAGGAAGAGAGAUGAGAGAGUGUGAUUGUUAACGUGAUGUUAGCCGGCAUUUUUUAAAAGAAGACUCACCACGAUAGUCCACGCCAUUGUUCAGCUUCACGGCCACGGGGCGGCCAUGGAUUUGGUUGAUAAACUGCGAGAGGGCUUCUUUGCGCGACAUUUUCGAGUUUUAUUUAGUUAUAAAUGCAAAAAAACAAAACACGCCAAUCACCCUGACGAUAACGAUACAAAAUACCAACCGGCCAAAAAAUAAAUACCAUUUCAGUUUCGAGAAAUACUUUGCAACUCUGUCAAUAAAUU